CUCCCACUUUCGCUGCCGUAUGUGAUAUAAAUACAUACACCUGUGUAGAUAGAAAUUGCUAUACAAGAAGCUUUGGUAGCAAAAUUGUCGGUUUCUUUUAUUUUCCAAGGCAAUCAGAGAAAAAAAUGGGCGGUGGUAAUGCACAGAAAUCCAAAACUGCUCGCGAAAGGAACUUGGAGAAGCAGAAAGCUGCUAAUAAGGGAAGUCAGCUUGAAACAAACAAGAAAGCUAUGUCUAUUCAGUGCAAAGUAUGUAUGCAGACGUUCAUAUGCACCACAACAGAGGUGAAAUGCAGAGAACAUGCAGAAGCAAAACACCCAAAAUCUGAUGUAUUUGCUUGUUUCCCUCACCUUAAGAUUUGAACUUAAUGUAGAGAUGGGUAGAACCCUCUCAUAUCCUCCUCCUGAUUUCCGAACUCUCUUGGUUAUCAAUUGCUAUGUUUAUGAAAUAUGCUUCGUUUUCA